UGCUGCGCGGAUUCUGCGCUCUCUGCUGAAGUACCGGGCGGGAUUUCCGCAAUACAUUAAGUAUGGCGAAGACCUACGAUUAUUUGUUUAAACUGCUGUUAAUCGGGGAUUCCGGCGUCGGGAAGACCUGUGUGCUGUUCAGAUUCUCGGAGGAUGCCUUUAACUCGACGUUUAUUUCGACGAUAGGUAUUGAUUUCAAGAUCAGGACAAUAGAACUAGAUGGCAAGAAGAUAAAGUUACAGAUAUGGGACACGGCAGGACAGGAGCGAUUCCGAACAAUCACAACGGCGUAUUACAGAGGUGCAAUGGGGAUCAUGCUGGUUUAUGAUAUUACUAAUGAGAAAUCAUUUGACAACAUCAAAAACUGGAUCCGAAACAUAGAGGAGCAUGCAUCAGCGGAUGUAGAAAAAAUGAUUUUGGGGAACAAAUGUGACAUUAAUGAGAAGAGGCAGGUGUCUAAAGACAGAGGCGAGAAGCUGGCGUUAGAGUAUGGCAUCAAGUUCAUGGAGACGAGUGCGAAGGCUAAUAUCAACGUUGAGAACUCAUUCUUAACGCUCGCCAGAGACAUAAAAUCAAAGAUGGACACGAAAUUGGAGGGGAACAAUCCUCAGAGCAGCAACCAUGGAGUGAAAAUUACCACUGAACAGCAGAAAAAGAGCAGCUUCUUUCGCUGUGUGCUACUGUGAAGAUCAAGGCCUUACUGUCCGCCGUCCGUGGGCUGGACACGACUGGACUAUGCUCUCCCUCUUAGCACUCCUCCUCCUCCUUCCUCUUUUAUCCCAUCUCUUCUUCUCUGUCGCGCUCUUCUUCCAGCCCUCGGGCAGUCAGAGUUCCUGGCUCCUCUUAUCUUCUUCCAUUGACAGAAUAGCGAUGCCGCUUCCUCUCGCUUAUGACCCUUCCCCGAUUAAACCGUGGUGGGAAAGCAUUGGUUCUGCAAGUCAAGGUGAAGAACUGGGUGCUGAUGCAUCGCCGCAAUCGUUCCAGCAGCAAACGUGCACCUAAAGAAGAUCCCACAUCUUUGUUUCAGUCGCUCGUUUUGAGCGCACAACUGCCAAAAUUGAUCCAUUCCUUCGUGGCGACCUGGAAGCAGUGGUGUUUCUGGGUCGGGCCGCAGAGCGUGGUCUGAUAUUGAGCCAGUUUGAGAGUUACGUGGGACUUUCUUUAUCAUUCCACUUUCAUGCAUUCUUCGACAAUCACAUGACCUUAUUGUAAUAUUAUAACCCACCUCUUAAAUGCUUUUUCCUUUCUUUCAUUUAAAAAAAACAAACAAACAUUUCGCUGUUUUUGUCCCCGGUUUUACUUUUCAGACCUGUUACGCAAAAGUGUUGCGUUCGCAGUCAAGGUUUCAUAUUAAACGAAGGAAGAUCCUGCUUUUUAUACAUCAAGACAUGUUUGCUGCCUCGUUAAAACUAACCUCGCUUUUUUUUUUUUUAACAUGCACACAAAGCUAUUUCCAAAUAGAUCAGUUUUUUAUGCAGUAGCGCUAUAGCUUUCGUUUUAACAUCCUUCGAAUAAAUUUAGGUCUUGCUUUAUUACGACCUGAAAACGGCCCAACAUGAAAGCGUUCUUUAAUUAAAAACACUUGAAUUGACUAGUGUAAUCACAUGAAACUGACACACAGCCCUUGAUAGAAAGUGAUAGGAAAUCCUGAGUCUGUAGUAUUAACAAAUAUGCGUAACCAAAAGCAAUGAGAGAGGGCGACUGUGUAACCUGAAGAGCAGAGCUGUACUUGAGAAAGCACCUCGCGUAUACAGAAGUCCAUGCACUUUAUCAGUAUCUUUUGUGUUGUGUGUAGUUUGUGCCAAGUGAUAGUUUUGCAUCAUAAAGACAGGCGUUUUUACACGGUUACAUGGAGUGUGACCUGCCGAAUUCAUGUUCAUUUCGAGAUUCCCGAAAACAUUUUCAAGGAACAUUUCUACAAGUCUUGAAUUAGUCCUAUCACUUAUCCUGAUAGUAAGCCAGAGCUGGUUUUAUGCAUUGGCUGCUAUUGGUGCAGUUCUUCUGUCAGUUGUGUUUUGUUAAUUUGUUCAUAUUUCUCAUGUAUUCUGAAUGGACUGUACGUGUAGCGUCUGAAUUACAGUCCUAUAGCAUGUCAGUCUUAAUUAGUUUGGGUUGCAGAGUGUAAAAGCAAACAGAUUUGGUUCAUGUGACUAGGAUUAUCUACCCAGAAUACAGUAAUCCACCAUUCCUGAGUUUUGAAUAGCGUGUUAUCAUAAGCACAUGCAAGAAAUGCAAUGCUAGAGAGUUGUACUGCCCUUCAAAAGCAAACCGCAGUUGGAUGUGAGUUUUCACACUGAUCAGCUGAGUCACAAGAAACCUUUAUUUUGAGAAAUUGUGACGUUUUUCCUUUGCACCGCAGUAUACGCAAAUGUACAUUUUGUAGACAUAUUGUAAAACGUAACAUGUCAGUUGGUGCAGUUGUGUUCACCAGCAAUAGGUCAGGAAACUUUACCAGAAGCUUCAGCACCCAUUAGAUUUGAGUGAGAAAACAAAAAAACUAAUCCAAAUAAGUGAAUCUCACAAAACCUGACAAGAACACAUUCAGGUCAGAUUUCAGCCCAAAAACCAGUUCAUUUUGCAUCGUGUUGUUUUCAUGACAAACGUGUUUCCACACAAAAAUUAAGUAUAUACAUAAAAUAAAACUGCUUGCAUAUCAGGACAGUGUGUGUUGUACCAGCUUUAGAAAAAAAAAAAAAAAAAAAAUCACUGAAUUAGAUUAUUUUAUUUUUUACAUAAUGAGAAUUCCGGAAGUUAACUGUCAUUGAAAAUGUAACAAAAAAUAAAAUCUAUAUAUACUCCAUAUGAUUUGGGGUGAAAUGUGACCUGAAAGUGUUUUUAAGAGAUUAAAAGGCUAAGAAGCACAGUGUUUGACUGUUUUCGAGGCAGAAGUGCAUUAAAUUCUCUUCUUUCUGCAAUAUGGCGCAUCUUAAAAAUGGCCACUUUCCUUUUCUCUUUCCAAGCUUAAUUGUUGAUCAACUUGAAAUGACUUCCUGUUUGCACCUUGUUCUCUUUCCACCUCAAGGAGAUGCUGUUUUGGGUUCAUAUUUGCGUUAGAAGCUGUAUGUCGGUGUAACCCAUCUUCAUCUGCACCCACAGCAUCUCUCUUCGCUCCCUGUCCAAUAAUGUCCCUCACUUGCCGUUUGUCUUAAUAACAAAUACUUGAUCUUUCAUUUUGGAUCUAUGCAUCAUGAAGGUGAUACUGUUGACCUCCUGUAUGUUUUAUCUGUUUGUGUGUGUUUAUUAUUUUCUAUAGAUGUCCUGUACAUUAAAGCCUUGGUCUGGUUGUCUGUUCUGAGCUUUAGAGGACAGUCUGCUGUUUAAAACAUGUAAACGGACCUCAGACGAAAUUUAAUCUGGCCUUAGGGUGUUUUAAAGUGAUGAAAUAAAAUGCAAAAACAAUAUAACAGACAGCUGGCAAAACAUUUGUAUUUAAUUUGUGGAAAAGAACAUUAGCAAACAGGUACCGCUUUCUGUCUUAACAAACGGCUUUGCAGUGAUGCGUACGUCUGUCGAUCUCAGUUAUUGCUGUUUAGUUUGUCUUUCUCGUAUUUCUUAAUUUGAAACGACUCAUCCAUAUCAUUUACAGAUUGUUUUUAUAUGACCAGGUUUUCAUUUGUCGAUUGUGAGGGAACUGGGGAGAUCGGUAAAUUACAUUUUGGUAUAAAAAAAAGAAACAAUUGUAAAUAACUCUAAAAGGAGAUCUACUUAAAUUGUACUGUACUUUCUAAAACGUUGAAAAACUGAUCUACAGUUUUUGUAGAUAUCUGUACUUUUGAUUUAUUAAAAUAAGGUUCUUUUAAGAGA